GUCUCAAGGGUUCACAGAGACAUAGGCUCACGUUAAAGGGAAGAGUAGGCGGCGCCUACAGCUAAUUCCUGUACCAAGACCAAGACAAACAUCCGACGAGAAUGACACUUCCACUGUUCGCGGGUCGGAGUUUAUCUGCUGAAGUUGCCGCACGGAUCCGGGCUACGAGCAGAGUGUGAGCGGCUCUCUCUGUCAGGAAAGGACCGUCUGCAGUUAGACAGAUAGCCAAUCAAAGCUGGUGUUCCCGUAGGUACUCUUAUGUCAGUGACCUAUAUCUCAUGCAUGUGCGCCAAGAGCCCACAGUAACCUCAGCACCACAGCAGACAGCAUGGGGAUCAACGGGUUAGACAAUCAGGCUCAGCCGUCCAGCGGCGAGUGCCGCACGGAGCAGCCGACUGCAGAUCCACAGAGGGAGCAGGGGGAUGCUCCCCAUGAAGCAGACGGCGGCAAGAGCGACCAUGCGCUGGGCAGCGAGCGCAAAAUCGUGCAGGAGGACAGCACCGUGCAGCUGAUCGAGGCCGGGUGCAAACCCCCCGUCUACCCGGCUUCGGACUCGGAGGCGGGGAUCCAGUCGGAGAGAACCGGGCACGAAUUUGUCCCACCCGAGGGGGGUUUCGGCUGGCUGGUGGUGCUCGCAGCCACCUGGUGCAACGGGUCCAUCUUCGGGAUCCAAAACUCUUUCGGCAUCCUGCACAUGAUGCUGGUGAAGGAACACGCAGACCCACACGACAAGACGUCUCAGUUCAAAGUGGCCUGGGUCGGGGCCCUGGCCAUGGGCAUGAUCUUCUUCUGUUCCCCUGUGGUCAGCAUGUUCACCGACCGCUUUGGCUGCAGGAAGACGGCUGUCUGUGGGGCAGUGCUGGCUUUCAUAGGCUUGCUCAGUACAUCCUUUGCAAACUCCUUGGGCCUUCGUUAUUUCACAUAUGGCAUACUGUUUGGCUGUGGCUCCUCCUUCGCGUUCCAGCCCUCGUUGGUCAUCCUCGGCCACUACUUCCGCCGGCGCCUGGGCCUGGCCAACGGCAUGGUGACAGCCGGUGCCAGCCUCUUCUCCAUGGGCCUCCCAGUUUUCCUCAACAAGGUGGUGGAACCUCUGGGCCUCAGCAGGACCUUCCAGAUCCUCAGCCUCUUCAUGCUGGUCCAGGCACUGCUGGCGCUGACGUUCAGACCUUUAAUGCCUACUGGAGGAGGCAUGGGACCACCGGGCAUGGGUCCUGGUUCUGCUGAGCCCCAAACCCAGUCAGGGGCUACUGUUCAGGGCGUGAGCUGUUGGAGCAGGGUUCUAGCUGGGCUCAGGAAAUACUUCAACCUGCGUGUGUUUCACAUCGUGACAUAUCGGCUGUGGGCGUUUGGAGUAGCUACAGCUGUGCUGGGCUACUUUGUACCGUAUAUCCAUCUGAUCAACUUUGUGAAGGAGCGCUUCGAGGGGACAGAGAAGGAUUGGGUUCUCCUGGUGUGCAUUGGAGCUUCAUCCGGGGUGGGACGCCUUGCUUUUGGAAAGAUCGGAGACCUUAUUUCAGGCCUUCAAAAGAUCUACAUGCAGGUGGUGUCUUUCAUUGCUCUGGGCCUGAUGUCCAUGCUGAUUCCUCAAUGUUAUGCGUUUGAGGCGCUGGCGGUCGUGUGUGUGUUCCUGGGCCUGUGCGAUGGAUGCUUCCUCACAAUGAUGGCACCCAUAGCGUUCGAGCUGGUCGGGCCCAUGCAGGCCUCGCAGGCCAUAGGAUACCUGCUGGGCCUCAUGGCUCUUCCCAUGACGGCAGGUCCACCCAUCGCUGGUCUCCUACAUGAUUACUUUGGGAACUACACGGUAGCCUUCUCCCUGGCCGGUGUGCCUCCUAUGGUGGGGGCUGUGGUGCUGUUCUUUGUGCCCCUGAUGCACUCCAGGCUCCAGCGAGGCCAGGGCGCGGCGUCACCAGAGGAGACGUCCACAACUGCCCACAUGUUGCCCACCGCACCGCUAGCAGAGGAGCCCAAGAGCUGCACCAAUGGAGACAUCCUCCCUGGCUACACUGACGUAGAAACACACAUCUGAGUCGCACUGUUUAAAGGGAUUCAGCCCACCAGCACCUUUUCUCAUCCUUUGAUUGCGCUCCUCCCAACAAGAGCUCUCAACAAUGGACUUCUGUUUGCUGACCUUUGACCCCACCUGGCCUUCAUUGGCUGUUUUGUUAUUUUCACAUGGAGAGAAGUGGAAAAGGGCACUCCGGCUACAAGCUGCAGAAAGGACAAAAACAGGCACAUCAGGGUAGGAUGAUGGAAACAUUUAGGGAGGAUAAGCACAACAAAGUCUCUACUCCGAUUGUUUCAUCAGUGGGGACUCUGUAGUAAUAUUAACUGUACCUCCAAGAGGAAAGAAAGGAAGAGAUUUUACCUGACAGCGGUAGUUUCUGAUUUCACAGCAAGUAUGACUAGAAAUACAUUAUAUUACAUAUAUUUAAGUCAUAAAAAUAAAGAAUAGUCAUAUUUACUUUUUAAAAUGACUAUUCUUUGUUUUUAGAUUCAUGCUAACACAUUUUGAGGCAUAUAAAAUAUGAACUAGUGAAGGGAUACAUUUUAAAUUUCUUUACGUAGUACCUCAAGCAUCAAAGUUUUCUUAAUACACUGCAGGUUUUAAUUUGUUCUACUGUUUUCUGCUGAGCCAGCGACAAGAGAAUCAUAUGUACAGUAUGUGUUGUAAAUGUCACUGCAAAGUCCUCUGAAAGAUCCACCACCAGACACAAUCACCUCAAUUCAACCGCACACUGUUCCACACCGUGCUCAAAGCCAGGGUCUAAAACUCAACUACUCGACCAUCCUGCCUGCAUGGGAGACACAUAUGUGACUGUGGCAGCUGCUGAUUCCACUGAUUUAUUUGCCACGGACUCAUGUGUUGGAUUUUUUAAGCGUUAUAAGUCAGUUCAGUGCGAUCAGUGCAUCUCCUGCACGAAUCACGAGAUGAAACACCACAGUCGAUACAAGGUCUUCUCGUGAGUCAGCCUUAAUUUUUUGCUUUUGAUUUUGUUUGUUUCUCCAAUAAUUCAACACUUCAUUUGUCUUAUUGGCCUUUUAACAUUUUUAGCGGAGUGCUAGAUAAAUCCACAUGAACUGUUUGCUAUGACUUUGAAAAAGAAUUCAAGAAUAGUUUUGUAGUGUGCACACUGUCUACUCAUAUUAGUAGAAAAGCUGGAAUCCCGCAGGCCUCAUCAGAGGUUGACGACUGUUGUUAGCUUUAGAUUUUCAUCAUAACAACAAAAGGCAUUUUUUGACUUUUACUGUGUAUGAAUGAGUGUGUGUGUGUGCGUGCGUGCUUGUUUUUGUUGCCUCUUUAGGACCUUUUCCAGCAUAAACACUGACCUUGUCAGGACCAGUAGAACUCAUGGGGACCAAGGUUAAGGUUAGAGGUAAGAUAUGACUGGUGGUUAGAUUCAUGGUAAAGGUUUGGGAUAAAGUUUUGGAUAGGCUGUCCACAACGAUUGCAAGUUGUUGCAUAGUCCUAGUAAGGAUAGCUGCGCAAAAAACCCUGUGUGCAGUUGUGUGUCUUUGUGUGUGUGUGUGUGUGUGUGUGUGCGUGUGUACAUGUGCGGAUGUGUCAGUGUGUGGCAUCUGUGUAUCUGCAUUAGUAGUAGAGGCAGUUCUGUAAUAUGAAACUAAGAUGUUACAGUCUGUUGAUAAGAGGGGGACUUCUGAGAUUCAAACUGCCAAACGGCCCUGGGUCCUCAUGAGGCCACUUCACAGAAACAAUUAAUUCGCUGCUGUAGUUUAGUCUCGUCAUGAGCACCUCGAUCACUGUGUUAGCAGUAAUGAAACAAAAAGUUACAGCCUGCAAUCUUAGAUUACAAUGAACUGUAAUGAACAGAUGUGAAGUAGAGCUGCAAUAAUGGACAGUUUUUAAUGUUUUGAGUUUGAGUUACACUCUGUGGUGAUCUGCAUAGCUGAAUGACAGAGGGGGGGGGGGGCAGGGACAAGGAAACGCCCUGGUGUUAAGGUGGUAUUCCUUUUGUUCAACUCCCUUUGUUGCUUUCACUGCCAUUAUUCAGUCUGUUACACACUUUAGGGCCAAACAGCUACACAAACCUCACUGCUGAGUGUAGGUUUUUUGUGUGUGCGUUUGUGUGGAGUGGUAACGCUACAUUACAAACUGUUCUGAAUAGGAAAUAUACACUAAUACCUCAGUGAUCAAUCAAUCAAUCAAUCAGUCAAUCCUCAGCAGUUUAUGUUUGUGCGCGGCGACAUUCUUCAUUAACUUCUUCAUGGUUUGUUUUUGAGUUGUCUGAGUCUCAAAACCAUUGAGUUGCCAAAUGCUUUUUUUUCACUUCCUCUGAACAAAAGCUCGUUAGUGUCCGUUUAAGUUUUAACGUCGAACUUCCAUUCCUCAUGAUCAGUUGGUGCAAAAUGUAUCCUUCCUGUUGUGUUUUUGCCUUCUCAUCCAUUUGCCCUGUUGUUUUUCAUCAUUUACUACAAAAUUCAGUUGUCAGUUGCUGUAGCGUGUCCUAAUCACAGCCUGAUUUCCUUGUCUGUGAUUCAAAAAUGCAGUUAUUUUAAAUGUCUUGUAUUCUUAACUGAAGUUAGGAGAUGUUUAACCAUAGGCAGUGGUGACAUUAAAUUGUUAAAUGGUGUUUAAAAGCAAAAUCACAGGCCUCCAAUUUGACUUUGAGGCAGUGUUAAAAUCUCUUUGCAGAACAGAUGUUAAUUUGCAGCUGCUCAGAAAAUGUAGGGGGGUCAUUAAAACUACAGGCUGCAUGAGUGGUUCAUCUACCAGCUAUAUAAGCUAACCAAUAUCAUAAAUUGUGAUCACAAGUUAAUUUUAUUUCAAAUGAGCCAAUCAUCUUUCAGAUCCCGUAAACAACCUGAACGCUCCUGCACAUUAAUAUAAUUUCAACCAAUUAAAUCUUUAAAAUAAGCAGAAAUCUUUUUUGUCAAUUUCAAAUAAUUAAUUUCCAGUUUUAACUUUUCAUUUUUCAUCUAUGAAGUUAAACUAAAAGCUAUGUAUAGCUAACUUCCUGCCUAUUAAACAAUAGGGUAGAGGUCAAAAUCAAUGUGUUACUACUUUUUGGAAAAUUAGUAACCCAUUAGCCUAAUAGCAGAUUUUUUGUAGUCUGCAAUUUAAAGAUGAUGAUAUUUUGUUCAUCAGACGAUCAACAGGUAACAUUAUUAUCUGUAUCAUCAGAUUCUGCUGGUUUGCACAGCACUACCCCAGUGAAAGCAUAGCGUUGCAUGCUACUGACAUGUUGCACUAGUUUACUAGUUUGCUGAACUAGACGCACGUGUCUCAGAAUCUAGCAAAUGAACUAGUGAAUGAAAAGUCCGCAGGGGACUUUAAACCUCUGGCAGCCAUAUUGGACGACCCUGACUGUGUUUCUGUGCAUGAAACAAAGAUUAAAAUUAGCUAGAAUCAUUUGAUUUGAUGUUUUCUUUUAUGUCACCUCCUUACCACGCACUGUUGUUUGUAAAAACACGUUUUCGAAGUGACAAGGAAUAAAAAUAAGACAUUUGAGUUACAGCAGUAAAGAAAAAUUAUAAUUCUGCCUUAUAGAUACACUAGAACUUGUUGCUACAGAUUAGAGUAAAAACAGCAAAGCCUAUAAAAAAAAAAUCAGAUCUUAAUGUGACUUUUUACUUCUUAUUUUUCUGUUUACUUUAUUGUUAUAUUCUGUCCUGAAACUUUCUGGAAAAGCUUUGUUACUUAGGGUCAGUAAAGUCGGCCCCAGAUUCUGGUCAGAACCAGCUGAGGCUCCUUUUAUAACUUUACUGUAGACUCAAAUAGAGUAAACUGAUAUAUGUAUACCAACAUAUGUACUUGUGUACUUUUUUUUAAUUAACCAUAAACUGUUUUAUUGUUA